AACAUUUUGACAGUCAUCUCCUCUCUCAACUCGCUGAACCCUCUGGAUUUCAUCUCUCUGGAAUCUCUGGUUGAGGGUUAGUUGGGGGUUAAUCUCAGGUUGCACUCUCUAUCUCUAUCUCAUUUCAUUUUUACUUUUUGUGAGUAUGCAUGCUUCUGAUUUGUAAUUAGGGUUUGUAAAUUUGGGUUUAGUUAGUUGGGUUUUUGUAUAUUUAUGGCUAAUUAGGUGUUUUAUGUUUGAUUUUUUAGUGGGGUUUUGUAUUUUGUGGUCUGGAUUUGUUGUAAUUAAACUUUAAUUAGGGUUUUUUAUAUGGUUGUAAUUUGGGGAUUUUUGUAUGCCUAUGUUUUUAUUUUUUAUAUGCCUCUGUUUUUAGUAUGUCUUAGUAUGUUUGUUUAAGUUAGAUGGCUCAAUAUUAGUAUUCUUGUGAUUUGAAAGUCUCAUAUCUGGAUUCACUUGUGUCUAAAGAACUGUCUUUAGUAUGUUUGUAAUUUCUGAAUAUUAGCAGGCUUGUAAUUUGGGGUGCUUGGGAGGACCAGUGCACAUGAAUGAAGAGCCUGCAGAAUGUUCCUCCAUUUAUGUAGAACCUAUGAAGUGGAUGGAAGCAGUUCAAGAAGGUUUUGUGGGACAAAAGCUGCAGUGCAUUGGGUGUAAAGGUCGCCUGGGUUCUUUCAAUUGGGCAGGAAUGCGGUGCAACUGUGGAGCAUGGGUUAUUCCUGCAUUUCAGCUGCACAAAAAUCGGAUGGAUGAAUGCAGUCUGUCUAUAUUGGCUCAAUUUUUUCACUCGGAAGAAAGAAGUUUUUCUAUAACUGGCAACUCUCCACGGCAAGUCGUUUCUGAAGAAAUUUUAAAGCUAGAGACGAUGACAAGUGGCUGAUGUCUUUUGUCAUGCCCUCAAAGUAUGGUUCCAGCUUGCCAUUUCCCAAAGAUCCAUCAGUGGCUAUCAAAGAGGUGCCAAGCAAAAUUGUGGCAGUUGCUGCUUUUUUAGGUUGUUUGACGAGAGACAGAAACUGGAAAGGCAGACAAGUGAAGAUCUUAAUCUUACUCAGGAUCUUCGGUUGGGACUUGAGAACUUGGACUCUGCUCUUCAGGUUGCUUGGGCAGUCUUAAAGAAAAAAGGAAAAGAUUUAGUACUUAGAUAUUUUGUUGGUUGUUUUGUGACUGUUUGGUGGUAUUAUGUUGAGAGAUUGUGACUAUUGAUUUGGUGAAAGUUAUGACAGGGUUGCUUUGUAGUUAAAUGGCUUGUUUAGGAAGGGAUUUAUGAAUGUACAAGACAAAUAUUGCAAAAAUUUAUAAAGAGUGUUGCAUUUUACUUUUGUCAGUGUUGUAAUUUCUAUUUAUUUAGUGGUUCAUAUUUAAUUUA